UUUUUUUCUUUGAAAAUGAAGGCGCGAAAACCUCACAAGUCUCCCGCGCCUUCCCGACUACGGACCAACCCUGAACCCUCUUUAUUCUUCCGCUCAUCGCCCUCCCGUCCUCCCUUCCAUGCGCCCUCCCUCACUUCAGCAAUGCACCACCCCAACCAGCCUCACAUCUCCCCCGCCACUCCCGGCGGCUCCCCCUCCUCAUCAUCUUUCGAUUUCAACAAGCGUGUCAAGAAACAACGAGGUAACUACAACUGUGGCCGCUGUGGUCUACCCAAAAAAGGCCACUCCUGCCACAUUCCUCCUGCCGCAACCACCACUCCAACUUCCGCCGACUCAUCUGCUUCCGUCUCCACCUCUACCUCUCGCCCCAACCCGCCGUCGCGUCAGCAGUACUCUCACCUCCGUAGAGCUCUCUCGUUUGACGAUAUUGAUUUCCGAUGCGACUCGCCGGAGUCUGAAAUGGAUGAACCGGACUUGGAUCUGUUGGUUUCUGGUUCAGGGACGUUGCCGGCAAGCUGUAUUUGGGAGGUGCUGAAGAGGCUCCCUCCAGCGGGACUAUUGGCGGCGGCCUGGGUGUGCAAGGGCUGGAGGGACACAGCAAGGCGGCUAUGGAGGGCGGCUGAGGAGCUCAGGCUGAGGGUUCCACCCAAAGCUCAGCUUGGGUUUGUUGGAUCUGUGUUGCAGAAGUGUCCCGGACUUGUUAGACUGAGUCUUAGGAUGGAGAGUGACGUGGAUGCGACAAUGUUAGCUUGCAUUGCUUUUUCUUGCCCCAACCUCGAGUGUAUGGAGAUUUCCACAUCUGAUACUGCAGUUAAUCGGAUAACUGGUGAUGAAUUGAGUCGAUUUGUUGCUGAUAAACGAUGCCUUACAAGCCUUAAGAUGGAAGGAUGUUCAAAUCUUGGAGGUUUUGUCCUCUGUUCCUCAAGUCUGUCCACACUUUGGCUUUCAGAUCUGCAUUCUUUAUCUAAGACGGUCUUUAACUGUCCCAAUUUGAAAGAGGUUUCCCUAGAUUUUUCUCGCCAGGAAAAUGAUAAUUCUGACCUUAUUUCCAUGGUUGAUGCAUUGGGAAGGAGUUGCUCUAGAUUACAAAAUAUACACAUUGCAUCAGUUCAGCUUUCUCACACUGUUGUGCUUGCUCUUACAGCCGCAAACUUAAGGGGGCUGCGAAUGCUUUCACUUGUUCUUGGAACUGAUAUCACAGACGCGUCUGUUGCUGCCAUUGCAUCGAGCUAUUCAAAAUUAGAAUUGCUUGAUCUAAGUGGGUCUAGCAUCAGCGAUAGUGGUAUUGGUAUGAUAUGCAAUGUGUUCCCUGCAACACUGUCAAGACUCCUCCUUGCUCUUUGUCCAAACAUAACUUCAAGUGGAAUUCAAUUUGCUACAGCUCAGUUGCCUCUUCUUGAACUCAUGGACUGUGGAAUGACCAUAUGUGACCCAAGUUCUCAGUGUCUAACCUCUGAUGGAAGUGGAGAUUGUGAGUUGCAGACAACAUUUCAGAACAAAUUACACCUGGUAUGCCAGAAGCUCAUUAUAAAACAUGGCCGUUUGAAGAAACUAAGCUUAUGGGGCUGUUCGGGCUUAGAUUCUUUAUAUUUAAAUUGCCCAGAACUUAAUGAUUUGAAUCUGAACUCUUGUAGAAACUUGGAUCCAGAAAGAUUACUUCUUCAGUGCCCCAGUUUAGAAAGUGUGUAUGCCUCAGGUUGUCAAAAAUUGUUGAUCAGAGCCAUUCAAAGCCAGCAGGUCAAUAAUUUUGAUGCCGCAGAAAACCAUUGCCCAAGUAAACGUCUAGCUGAUAGCUCAAAGAGGGUUCGCGUCCCGCAUUUUCUCAGUCAACAGCCACUUGAUGAUUAUAAGAAGAGAAGGAGGAUUGGAGUUAGUCCUUGCAAUGUGGUUGUAGACUAAUAAUGUGUACCAGAAAAUUUUCUUACUGUACACAGUAUUUGAUGUACCCUGUGAAUCGAUAUGUUUUAUAAUUGUUCAAAAUGGCGGUGUGGGUCAGCUGCCUUGUAGAAUUGCCUUUUCCUCAACACAGAAUUGUUUAGUUUCAAAGGGAAAACAGUAAUGUAUUGGGAGUUCUCACUGCUAUUCAUUUGUGGAAUAAAAAUCAAUGUAUCAGUGCAGUGUUCAAGCUGUUGCACCAAAAUUUGUACAAGAGCUUUGAGUUGAUCCUUCA